ACAUCCCCAGGAUGCUGGAUAGUACUUACCAUGGAAAGUCCCUCAGAAACAAAAAUGAAAGCUUUGGAGUUGAUAGUAGUGACGUCCCAAGGAUCCCAGAUUCCAUGGUUAUUGCUAAAUCCCUCAUAAACAAAAAUUAGUCUGAGUUCAUAUGGCAAUUGGAUUAUUUUAUACCUGGGUUUAUCUCUGUGAGAAGUGAUAGAAUAGAGGGUUUGGGUGGUUGGUGUGCUACAUUUAUCAAAGAAGGUAUAGCACAGAGAGAUGAAUAGUUCCAAAGAACAUGAAUGCGUGGCAGUGGAAAAGGGAGUAGUAUUUCCAAAAGGAACAUAAAAUACGUAAAACAUUUAUUUAAACAUGAGAUCCAUAGAAACAGUGAACAUCCUCUAUAUAACAGAUCUACCGCGUCUUAGACUUGCUUUAAAGGAGAAUGGCAGAUCUAUAACUAAAAUGUAUAUGUUCGCCCAAAAGGUACAUAUUGCAGCUUUAAGGGUUAAGGGCGUUCCAAGGAAUCCCAGAUAGCACUAAGGCUGAAACGAAAGUGCAAACUACUCCGAGUUAAUCUAACAGAUCUACAUGAGGAUUGACGACGACCGGGAUGUUCUUAAUUCAAAUCUAAGAUUCCAGGGUGGUGGACCUUCUUCCACUGAGAUGUUGAGGAUUGGAGACCAUGGCUCAGUUUCAAAGCUUGAUAUGGAUAAUGAACCUAGCUAUCAUUUUGACACUUCUAACCAUUCAGCGCUCUAUUGCAUGUGGUAGAGCAGAGUACAGAACAGGUGAUAAAUGCUGUCCUAUGUGUUCACCAGGAAACCGGGUACAUAAACACUGUACAAAAUUUACAAGUACUUCCUGUGUCCCCUGUACCGACUCCACUUUCCUUGAUGAACCCAGUGGUCUUACAGCAUGCAUACCGUGCACAAACAAUUGUGACCCAGGCUUUGGUUUGAUGGUAAAGCAGCCAUGUAGACCUUCAUCAGACACUGUCUGUGGGACACUGGAGGGGUUCUACUGUCUAGACCCAACUAAGGAGGGUUGUAGAGCAGCCCAGAGACACAGCAGCUGUAAACCUGGUCAAUACAUCAGUCACACAGGAACAACAUCUACAGAUACUGUGUGUUCUGACUGUACUGGUGACACCUAUUCAGAUGGAUCAUUAACAGCCUGCCAGCCACACACACAAUGCGAUAUCUUGAAGCUUCAGCAAAUUAAACCUGGAACUCAUUGGACCGACUCUGAAUGUGGAACACAGACCUCCCCUCCCAUAGCAAUAAUAUCUGCUGUGGUGGUGGUGGUGGUGGUACUAGCUGUGAUAUCAGCAGUGACGGCAGUAGCUAUUAGAAGAAAAAUAAAAGGUCCUGUAUCUGGUGAGUUUAUUUUGGGGAAUUGUACCGUUUCAUUUAUUGUUUUAAUUGCCCAGAUGAACAAGUGAGAAACAUCCAACACUGAAUCAAAUCACAUUUUAUUUGUCACAUGUGCUGAGUACAACGGAUGGAGACUUUACUGUGAAAUGCUUGCUUACGAGCUCUUCCAAACGAUGCAGUAAAAAAAUUAAUACAAAAUAGUAACAAGGAUUUAAAUAAAAUACACAAGAAUGGAGCUACAUUCAGGAAGUACCAGUACUAGAUAACACAAGAAUGGUGCUACAUACAGGACGUACCAGUACAAGAUUAGUAAAAUUAAAUGCACAAUAAUGUUCUGAAUAUCAUGAUAACACCCCUGUCAAACAGUAUGUUAUCGAGUUCCAAAUUAGUUUGUCUCAAUGUUGAUUCUUGUACUUUUCCAGAGAUGCAAAGCCCUACAGAGGUAUGUUAAUGAAUAAUCCCUCAAUACCUAUUUAAUACAGCAGUAAUUUCUAUCAUACUCAAUGUGGUAAGAAGAUGGCUGACAGGAAUUUCUAUUACCUCAAGGGUUGCACUUUUGAAAGUUUUAUUGAGUUGAGGUUUCCUUUUACUAGGUAUCAGACACUGAGCAAACAUCAAUGCUGUUUGUGGGAACAAGAACAGGUAAGGUAGCCUAUAACAUCAGAAUGGUACAGUAUACUUGUUCAUGAAUUUCAGCCAGAUUUGAGCUAAAAUGUGUCUUAUGAAUAUUAUACAGAUUCAAGCCUCCAGGACAUUCAUCAGAACAAUCCAGUCUAAUGUGUGGUUCAUUGGCUUGAAAACUAGACUAGGCAGUAGGGCACAAUUUCUGUCCACUACAUGGUGAAUGUGAUCUAGACUCCGUUUUGAAAUAAAAGUUGGAGGCUGGCACAUUUGUUUUGUGGUGUAAAGAUUAAAAAGGCCAUGACCUUGAUAGACAGCCUGUCUUCCAAUACUGGGGAUGAAGAUGGAAACGUUUGUAGGAGCCAGGUCUGUUCUGUUCUGGGAAAGGUCAGGUGUGUCCAUGAUUUCAAAUGGUCAGUCCAAGUCAGUUGACGGUAAUUGGAAUAAAACACAAAUGCCAUUUUGUAAGACACUCCACCUGGUCUUUGGAUGCUGGUGCCAGAUACAUUGAGCAAAUGCCCUUGAACUGAGGAAGUCUACAGAUCACAACAUCUCCAUGGACCUUAUGAUGUACUGUAGAUUCUGUUGACACAAACUGUGCAAAGGACAUACGGAUGACAUUUCCUAGACACUGGUAUGGGGGAAAAAUGGACUCCACUUGUUGAGUUACCAUGGAUUUGUAUAAUCCCACAGAGUAAACAUCAAGAGGCAAUGGUGCAGUGUAGGCUAUGUUCAGUGUGACCCAUUUAUUUUGUAAUUUUUUUAUUAAACUCGGCAAGUCAGUUAAGAACAAAUUCUUAUUUACAAUGACAGCCUACACCAGACGACACUGGGCCAAUUGUGCUCCGCCCUAUGGGACUCCCAAUCACGGCCGGAUGUGAUACAGCCUGGAUUAGAACCAGGGACUGUAGUGACUCCUUGCACUGAUAUGCAUUGCCUUAGACCUGCGCCACUGGGGAGCUCUGAAGCGAAGCAAUGGGACAAAUGUUUUGUUUACAGUUCUGUUCUUACGAUCCUCCUAAAAUAUUUUAUUGUCACACUGGGAUACGUGCUGUGAAAUGUGUUGUUUUACAGGGUCAGCCAUAGUAGUACUCUGCCCCUGGAGCAAAUUAGGGUUAAGUGCCUUGCUCAAGAACACAUUGACAGAUUUUUCACCUUGAUUGUAUAGUUAUUUGUGUUGUACAGUUCCUUUGUAUUUUGUAGGUAUUGUUUUAUAUGAUGCACAUUAUUCAAUGCCAUUAUUCAUUGUUUUGGUGUUUUUGAUUCCAUGGGUUUAGUCUCUUCUAUUGAAUCAAUUUGCUUCUCUGUAAGUCUUGGGUUAUGCUUGUUUCACCAGUCAUCAGUGCUCAGUCUAUUGUUGCUGUAAGUGUAUUUCUGGUGACUGAUCCAAUGUCCCCUUUUGGGAUUAAGAAAUAGAGGAUCUGCAAUACAAUUAAGCCAGCUAACUUUCUUAUGUUCAAAUGUCCCAAUGAUGUUAGCUACAUUGUAAAAAAUGCUAUUGAAUAAAGCAAAAUGUGAAAA